AUGGUAGGUCAAAAUGGCACAAUCGAAACCCCACAAAUGGCUUCAUCGAAGACGAGAAAGCGAUUUGUGAAUUGUGCCUUGGAAGGUGGAGACUUUGAUGGUGUUGGGGUUCUGGGUGUUUUUGAAUUGUUGGGAGAAGCUGCUUUUCGAUUUUUCGUUUGUUUUGCUUCGUUGGCUGUGGUUUCAAUUCAUGCUGUGUUUGCGGCGUUUGAUGAUGUUUUUCUGUCGUUUUCGGGUCGCUUUGACCGACUUGAGGGGCUAUUAAUUUGCAGUGUUCUCCACUCUGCCUUAAGGGUCCUUGACCUCUCAAUUUGUUAUGAAGGAUGGAUUUUGGUUUGUGGUGUGGAUACUAGUUGGUUAUUGUGUGAGGAUUAUGCCGAUUUUUUUAAGGUUCUUAUUCGGUGGAACUGGAGAUAUUCUGGAAUCUUGGAGGCUGUUGGAGACACAAUGGUAGCAAAAAUCCGGCAAAGUGCUACUGAGUCUCCUAAUCCGAAACCUGAGGUUGGAGAGAUUGACACCAGCCCACCUUUUCAGUCGGUUAAAGAUGCUGUCUCUCUCUUUGGUGAAGGUGCUUUCUCUGGUGAAAAACCAAUCAUUAAGAAGGCAAAACCUUAUUCUGCUGAGAGAGUUUUGGCCAAGGAGACACAACUUCAUGUAGCCCAAAAAGAGCUGAACAAGUUAAGGGAACAAGUAAAGAAUGCUGAAACUACUAAGGCUCAAGCUCUUGUGGAGCUUGAAAGGGCUAAAAGGACAGUUGAGGAUCUGACACACAAGAUAAAAGUUAUUAGUGAUUCUAGGGAAUUAGCAAUCAAUGCUACAGAAGCUGCAAAGAGUCAGGCAAAACAACUUACAGAAGAAAAGUAUGGUAUACCUGACAUAACAGAUGGUGCUUGGAAGGAAGAAUUAGAUUCUGCAAUUACAAGGUAUGCAUCUGUCAUGACGGAACUUGCUACUGCAAAGCAAGUACUGAGCAAGACUCGACAAGAGUAUGAUUCGUCCUUGGAUGCAAGAAAGUCUGCUGUCAAGCUAGCUGCAGAAGCUGGAGAUGCAUUGAAGGAAAACACAGAAAGAGCAUCUGAGCUUUCUAAAGAAAUUUCAUCUGUAAAGGAGUCGAUUGAACAAUCAAAGCUUGCAUCUAUUGUAGCACAGCAGCAGCAAGCAAAUAUUGUGGCUGAGAAAGAUGUUCUAAGACAAUCAUAUAAAGCUACCCUGGAACAGUCUGAAAAAAAAUUGCUUGCUUUAAAGAAGGAAUUCAGUCCUGAGCUUGCCAAAAAUCUUGAAAUGCAGCUGGCUGAGACAAUGAGUGCAAUUGGGACUCUGCAAAAGGAAAUGGAAAAUAAAAGGACAUCAGACUUGGACUCUGUGAAAACUGUCACUUCGGAGCUUGAUGAUGCUAAGGAGUCACUGCAAAAAGUAGCAAAUGAGGAAAGCUCUCUUAGAAGUUUAGUGGAAUCUCUCAAGGUGGAACUCGAGAAUGUAAAAAAAGAACAUUCUGAAUUGAAGGAGAAGGAAUCUGUAACUGAAUCAAUUGUUGGGAAUCUGCACGUCAAGCUCCGGAAAAGCAAGUCUGAACUUGAAGCCUGCAUGGCAGAAGAAUCUAAAGUUAGAGGUGCAUCUGAGGAAAUGAUCUUGACGCUUAGCCAGCUGACAUCUGAAACUGAAAAUGCUAGGAGGGAAGCAGAAGAUAUGAAGAACAAGACAGCAGAAUUGAAGAAGGAAGCUGAAGUUACCAUGCUUGCAUUAGAAGAAGCAGAGAAAAAGCUUAAAGUGGCGCUGGAAGAGGCAGAAGCAGCAAAAGCAGCGGAGAAAAGUGCUCUUGAGCAGAUUACUGUUUUAACUGAAAGAACUACUGCUGCACGUGCAUCAACAUCUGAAUCUGGUGCUGUGAUUACAAUCUCAAAAGAGGAGUUUGACUCACUAAGCCAUAAAGUUGAGGAGUCUGACAAAUUAGCAGACAUGAAAGUGGCCGCUGCCAAGGCACAAGUUGAAGCUGUGAAGGCUAGCGAAAAUGAAUCUCUCAAAAGGUUAGAAACAACUCAAAAGGAUAUUGAGGAUAUAAAGGCUGCAACGCAGGAAGCUCUGAAAAAGGCUGAAAUGGCUGAAGCAGCAAAGAGGGCAGUGGAGAGUGAGCUCCGAAGAUGGCGCGAAAGGGAGCAGAAGAAGGCUGCAGAAGCUGCAUCUCGAAUUCUGGCUGAAACACAGGUGUCAACAGAAUCAUCUCCACAGCAUUAUAGGAUUCAAAAGCAGAGUGCUCCUCAUACAACAGUGGAGGUGAGGAAGUUUGAAAAGGAGAAGGUUUCAGUUUCAAAAAAAGCCCUCUUGCCUAAUAUCAGUGGCAUCUUCCAAAGGAAGAAAAACCAGGUUGAGGGUGGCUCCCCUUCUUAUCUUCCUGGUGAGAACCCUGUAUGA